AAGUAAACCCGAGUACACCAGCUACACGACGCAUUAUCAUCCCGCAGCUAGUUGCAAUAACAACAGCAUAUGCAGCAGCGCCAACAACAGCAACAACCACACUCUUUGUCCACACCACCAACAACAACUGCAACACAACUGCAAUGGCAGCAAUAAUAAUCUCCCAGUUGCCGCUACAGAAGCAGCAUCUCAACAAAUACGACGUCACACCAUCAUAUCGACCACUCUGAGCAAUUACAACAAUCAACAGUUGGCAAUGGCACCGCGACGUGCUUCAAUCGCGUGGGAAAAGCCAACAGCGACAGCACCCACAACAGCCGCUACGCUGACCCAGACAUCAGCCGCUGGCACAGGAAAACACGCGCCAACCGCAAACAUUUACAAGCCCGUGAAAAUUACACUAAUCGGCGAACCAUUGAAGCAAUGGCAAUGGAAUGCUGUUGGCAAUGGCAAGACUGCUGCUACUCAAAGUAAUGGCAGCAACAAUACGGCAAUAAGCAAUGGCAGUGACAAAGUCAGUGUGAAGUGUGAAGCAGCGGGCGGAAAAAUUAGUGGUAACGGUACUCGUAGUAGUGUUGGGAUGUGCAAUAGUCGUACCAAUGGCCUUUCGAAAGUAUACAAAAACAAUAAUGGCUUGUGCAAUGGUGGGUCAGCAGGUUCGUUUGGCAGCAAUGGAUAUGCGAAUGGUAAUAGCAGUAAUUACGAGGCAAAAGCAAUUGAGGGUGUUAGGAAUGCCAAGCAGAGUGGCUACAAUGGCAUUGGUUUGGGUAAUGGCGAACAAAAGCUAGCGACGUGUCAGUCCAACCAAAAUCAUCAUACACAGCAUCUGCAUACGCAGCAGGCACUGGCACAGACGGAACAACAGCAGCAAACACAUGUGCAACAUGCAAGCAAAAUUGUUUAUCAGCAGCAGCAGCAGCAGCAGCAGCAACAACAACAGCAAAACCCACUGCAAGUCUAUCAAACGUCUAAUGGCAGCAAUGGCAAUUUCUAUCCAACAGUUACUAUAGUCUGA